GGGAGGGAGGAGACAGGGAAGAGGGAGAGGGAGCGAGAGAGAGAGAGAGAGAGAGAGAGAGAGAGCAAGAGAGAGAGAGAGAGCGGGAGAGGGCAAACUUUACGUGAUAGUGGUUGAGACGCUUUACGGGCUCACCUUGGAAAUCGCCGAACAUACUUUCGCUUACAUUCCCAACAUCCGCAAGUGAAGGACAGCGACGAGGAUUCCCCCGCAGGGCUGCAUCCCCUGAAGCUGUUCAUGCCGGAUAAAGUUCAUGAGCAGCGUGGCAGAGGAGAGGGGACAAAGACUCGCCUCCAAAUACCUUUCGAUAAACUUAUCGGGAAGUCGCUCGUCGCCAUCUGAAAUGGGCACAUUGCGUGACCUCCAGUACGCGCUCCAGGAGAAGAUCGAGGAGCUGCGACAGAGAGACGCGCUUAUCGACGAGCUGGAGCUCGAGCUCGACCAGAAAGACGAGCUUAUACAGAGACUACAGACCGAGCUGGACAAAUACCGCUCCGUUAUCAAACCGGCAACCCAGCAGGUCCACAAGCAGAAUGAGCUGCACGACCAGCAGCGGACGAAGAGGCAGGCAAUAUCGGCCGAACCCACAGCCUUCGACAUCCAGGAUCUUAGCCAUGUCACCCUACCUUUCUACCCCAAAAGCCCACAGUCCAAGGAUCUGAUCAAGGAGGCCAUCUUGGACAACGACUUCAUGAAGAACCUGGAGCUGUCGCAGAUUCAAGAGAUCGUGGACUGCAUGUACCCCGUGGACUAUGGAAAGGACAGCUGCAUCAUUAAGGAAGGCGAUGUGGGCUCACUGGUCUACGUCAUGGAAGAUGGGAAGGUGGAGGUGACGAAGGAGAGCCUGAAGCUCUGCACCAUGGGGCCAGGAAAAGUGUUUGGAGAGCUCGCUAUUCUCUAUAACUGCACCAGGACUGCCACCGUCAAGACUCUAACAAAUGUGAAGCUGUGGGCCAUCGACCGGCAAUGUUUUCAGACGAUCAUGAUGAGGACGGGUCUUAUCAAGCACACAGAGUAUAUGGAGUUUCUGAAAAGUGUUCCCACAUUCCACGACUUGCAGGAAGAUAUUCUUAGCAAGCUUGCCGAUGUCCUUGAGGAGACACAUUAUGGAGAUGGAGAGUACAUCAUCAGACAGGGGGCCAGAGGAGACACCUUCUUCAUCAUCAGUAAGGGAAAGGUUAAUGUGACCAGGGAAGACUUGCCCAAUGUAGAGCCUGUCUACCUGCGCAGCCUCGGAAAAGGAGACUGGUUUGGAGAGAAAGCACUGCAAGGGGAGGACAUCAGGACAGCCAACGUCAUCGCAGCAGAGGCAGUCACCUGUCUAGUCAUCGAUAGAGAUUCAUUCAAGCACCUGAUUGGAGGUUUGGAGGAUGUGUCCAAUAAAGGCCACGAGGAUGCCGAUGUCAAAGCCAGAUAUGAAGCAGAGAAUGCGUUUUUCUUCAACCUCAACCUAGCUGACUUCAACAUCAUCGACACUCUGGGAGUUGGUGGAUUUGGCCGCGUUGAGCUGGUUCAGCUCAAGAGCGAUGAGAACAAAACCUACGCCAUGAAGAUCCUGAAGAAGCGGCACAUUGUCGACACAAGACAGCAGGAGCACAUUCGUUCAGAGAAACUCAUCAUGCAGGAGGCCCACUCUGACUUCAUUGUGAGACUCUAUAGAACAUUCAAGGACAGCAAGUACCUCUACAUGUUGAUGGAGGCCUGUUUAGGAGGAGAGUUGUGGACCAUUCUUCGAGACCGGGGUUCAUUUGAGGACUCAACCACCAGGUUUUACACGGCUUGUGUGGUGGAGGCCUUUGCCUACCUGCAUUCCAAAGGAAUCAUCUACAGAGACCUCAAACCAGAGAACCUUAUUUUGGACCACAGGGGAUAUGCCAAACUGGUCGACUUUGGCUUCGCCAAGAAGAUCGGAUUUGGAAAGAAAACGUGGACCUUCUGUGGAACGCCGGAGUAUGUAGCGCCAGAGAUCAUUCUGAACAAGGGCCAUGACAUCUCAGCCGACUACUGGUCUCUAGGGAUCCUCAUGUUUGAGCUCUUAACUGGCAGCCCUCCCUUCUCUGGCCCCGAUCCUAUGAAAACCUACAACAUCAUCUUGAGAGGCAUCGACAUGAUCGAAUUUCCAAAGAAAAUUACCAAAAAUGCUGCCAACUUAAUAAAAAAGCUAUGCAGGGAUAAUCCUUCUGAACGACUGGGAAACUUGAAAAAUGGUGUCAAAGACAUUCAAAAGCACAAAUGGUUUGAGGGCUUUAACUGGGAGGGCUUGAAGAAGGGGACAUUGACACCUCCUAUCAUCCCUAAUGUCACAUCAGCGGUCGACACAAGUAACUUUGACAGCUUCCCAGAGGACAACGAGGACCCGCCUCCCGAUGACAACUCCGGCUGGGACGUAGAUUUUUGAAGUCCUCCUCUCGACUUAAAACCAAAAGAAACUCUUCUUUUGUUGGCUUCGAGGCCGUCUUGAGGACAUGGCUAUGUUGUAAAAAAAAAAAAAAGAAAAAAAGAAACUGCUUUAAAAAGAAAGAGAGGAUAUGGAAAAGAAGAUAAACGGAUGGAUGGCAAACCCUCUGGGUCACCGAUAUGCCUUUAUUUCACUGUGGCUCUGGAACAAGCAUUUAUAAUGGGACUGCUGUAGCACUUCUUCAGUGUCGUCUUACACUUGGCUCUAAAAGCAGAGAAAGUGCAGGGAUAGACACAUAUACACACAACCCGACACAGGCUGACAAUGGAGCCAGGUUUCCCCUUUGAAACAGGGAAAGAUGUUGAGCGGGUGAAUGAAUGUUGGAUAGUUUGUCUAAGUUUUGGUUCGCAGAUAAAUAAGAGUGAAAAGUUUUAAGUGGACUGCUCAAAAAGAGAGGAGGCCGACGAUUGAUUUGUGUGUGUG